AUGGAUAUUGAAGUGUUCAAAGAUGAAGAAUUCUCCAAAGUCUAUCAGGAUAGGAUGGUCCCUGUUUCCAAAAAAAUUACAAAUCUUGUUAUAAGCUACUUGGAAGAGAAGAAGGGACGACCCUUUGAAUUGGCUGUAGACGCUGGCUGUGGUACAGGAAGAUCAACCCGGCCUCUGGCAGAACAUUUCUACAAAGUGAUUGGAAUAGACAUAAGUAAGAGCCAGAUAAAUGAAGCAAAACGAUUUACACCACAAGAGAACGUCACUUAUCAGGUCUCCCCAGCAGAGAAGAUGCCAUUUGAAGAUGCCUCUGUGGAUCUGAUUAAUGCAGAUGUUGCUGCUCACUGGUUCCCCGUAGACCAGUUCUUUCUAGAAGUAACUCGUGUACUUAAGAAUAAAGGCUGUCUUGCAUUGCAUUCACUGAUCCCAAACUUUACCAUUCAUUAUAAGAAUUGUUCAGAGAUAUUGACAAACAUCUUUAAUGAGGCUAUUGAUACUCUCUGCACAUUCGAAGAAAAGCCAAAUAAUAUCAUGAAAUCUCAUUAUCAAGAAAUGUUUGAGGCCUUGCCAUUUGCUGACAAGCAGAGAAUCACUGACAUUACAGAAGUGUCUCACGUGUCCGUGGCAGAACUCUUGGGUUUUCUUAAGUCCAUAUGUAUGUACCGCAAAUUUCUAAACGAGGACAAGGAUGGAGCCAUUGCUUUUGCACAACAUGUGGAGAAAAGGAUGGGUGAAACCAUGGGAGAACUGUCUGGUGAUGAAAUCCUGGAGCUCCAUGUCAAGUAUUUCUGCAUACUGGCAUGCAAAUCAUAA